CACGCCGAGCGCGAGUACACGGUGCGGCGGAAGACGCUCGAGAUGCUGCCCGAGUCGGAGGCCGCGAUCCUCAAGCUCGCGGAGAUUUGCGGCGCGUCGGCGCGGAAGCUCGUCGACCUCGCGCGCGAGUGGGAGGGCCACCGCGUGCCCCUCGUCGAGAAGAUCCGCGCGUCCCGCGCGGAGCUCCGGCGCCGGAAGCUCAAGGCCAAGGCCAUGGUCGACGAGAUGAAGCGGUGCCGCGGCGAGAUGAACGCGAUGGUGCUCGACGUCCGCGACAAGGACGACCGCCACCGGCUGCUCGAGGAGCGCUACGCGGCCAUGCCCAAGAACGUGAACCGCGCGCUCUACACGUACCGCAUCAUGGACAUCAUCAAGCAGAUCGCCAAGCAGAAGGGGGAGAUCACGAAGAUCGUCGACGACAUCCGCUCCGUGCAGAAGGAGAACAACAAGAUCGGCGCGACGCUCCAGCGCACCGAGGCCCUCGCGGACGAGCGCGUCUUCCAGGAGGCGAACGCGGGCGGCAAGGACCCGCAGCUCGUCGCGGCCUACCGGAGCCUCAGCGACCUCCGGAAGCUCUUCGAGAAGACGGUGACCGUGAUUUCGGAGACGGGCGCCAAGGAGCGCGAGGCCCGCGACCUCGACUCGAAGAAGAAGCAGCUCAAGGCCCGCGUGUCGACGGCGAACCUGGACAAGAUCCUCGCGGACCUGGGCCAGGUCAAGCAGGAGAACGCGGGCCUCGUCGCCCGGCUCCGC